AUGUCUCGUACCAACGAAGUUCACGCUCCCGGCACCUGGUUCAGCAGCAUUCCCCGCUCCUUUGAGGAGGUGCCAAUUGAUACUGCCAACGGCAAUGCGAUCUUGACUGUCGAGUUCUUGGAGGCUGCUGGAUCCUUGGUCUCUCUCUUUGAUGUGAUCGGUGGAGUCGGUCUGGCUGCGGUCAAGAGCGAUCUGACGGGCAACAUCACGAAAGUUCAAGAAAGAUACAACAAGGCUCCUGCCGAGUCCCAGACCCUGCAGGAUCUGGUCCGAAAUGAAUUGAAGUCGGGGCAACACAAAGCGACCGAGGGACUCCUUUGGCUAGUUCGUGGCCUUCAAUUCACCGCCUCCGCCCUCCGUUUGAGUCUCAACAACCCCUCCGAGGAGCUCAAUGCAUCUUUCUUGGGCGCGUACAAGGCCCCCGGUGGCCUCAGCACACACCAUGGCUACAUCAUCCGCAAAGGCACGGAAGUCGCCAUCAAGUCUGGUGUGCCAUACCGCAAGGACUUCUAUAACAAGCUGGGUGAGAAUCAGGCCGAGGUCAACGUCGCCCUGGAGAAGGAGGUCAAGGCUCUGGAGAACGUGGUCACCAUUCUGCUGCAGUUCCAAUCCACCCCCGAGGCCCAGUGGAAGUAG